UUCCCUCAGGCAUUUAGUUUUUUAAUUUUUCUCUUCCACCAGUUUACUCAUUUGUCUUCCAACAUUAGAUAUUUGUUAGAAAAUAUUGUUCCUAUGUUUUUUUUUCUUCUGAUCAUUCUCCAAUUCCUCAGAUUUUGAUUGUUUCAUUGUUGGCACUCUUUAUAAUUUGGGUGUUUCAUAUAGAAAAACUUCAAAUUUGAUUCUCAACAAACGGUUUUAAAUGCUUGGUGGGACUGAAAAUGGUUGAGAAAUAAUCUUGUGGGGUUGGAAUUUGGAAACACAAUGGUGGACCUGGGAAUCCCAGGAUUUAUUCAGGGUUUCCCUUUUGUUUAAUGUAUGGUUAAAACAUCGUUGAGGGGGGUGGGGGGUUUGUCUUUUGUACAUAUUUGUGGCAGAACAACUAGUCAAAAACAAGGAAUUGUUGAGAGCAGAAUAUGGGCUGCCUUUGCUCAAAAGGAGCCCAGGAUGAGAACAUUAACGAGAAUGACAAAGAGAAAGACUUGAAUAAGAGCAACAACAAGGCAUCAGUGCAAUUGGUUGCUCCUGCACCACCACAGAAAGAAGAUUUUUUACUUAGUAGAGGUGGCAAUGAUGGCUCCGCAUGUCUUGCUUCCAAAGUUGAUGAAGGAGAUCAGAAGAAAUCGUUGACUGCAGAAAGGCCCAGAAAUGGCCAUCAAAUAUUGCCAACAAUGGAUAUGGGGGCAGGGGUGUCGCCACAGAUGAUUAGUAUAACUAGCUCCCCGUGUGGGACUGAAGGGGAACUAGUUGCUGCCGGAUGGCCAUUAUGGUUAGUUUCAGUUGCAGGAGAAGCUGCCACUGGAUGGCUGCCUCGGCGGGUGGAAUCUUUUGACAAGUUAGAGAAAAUUGGACAAGGAACUUAUAGCAGUGUAUACAAGGCCCGAGACCUAGAAACGGGCAAAAUUGUUGCCAUGAAGAAGGUUCGGUUUGUUAAUAUGGAUCCUGAAAGCGUCCGUUUUAUGGCUAGGGAAAUCAUUAUUUUAAGGAAGCUUGACCAUCCAAAUGUUAUGAAGCUUGAGGCUCUAGUCACUUCAAGGAUGUCAUGCAGCUUGUAUCUUGUUUUUGAGUACAUGGAGCAUGACCUUGCUGGGCUUGCAGCAACUCCUGGCAUCAAGUUCACUGAACCACAGAUUAAAUGUUACAUGCAACAGCUUUUUCGUGGCCUUGAACACUGCCAUAGCCGUGGUGUCUUGCACAGAGACAUCAAGGGCUCAAAUCUUCUGAUUGACAACAAUGGAGUUCUUAAGAUUGGAGAUUUUGGUCUAGCUACAUUUUUUCAGGCUGAUCAAAAGCAGCCACUAACAAGUCGUGUUGUAACUCUUUGGUAUAGAGCACCUGAGCUUUUGCUUGGGGCCACUGAAUAUGGAGUUGCCAUAGAUUUGUGGAGUUCUGGUUGCAUCCUUGCUGAAUUAUUUGCUGGGAAGCCUAUUAUGCCUGGAAGAACAGAGGUGGAGCAAAUGCAUAAGAUCUUUAAGCUCUGUGGUUCACCUUCUGAGGAGUACUGGCAGAAAACAAAACUUCCACAUGCAACUAGUUUCAAACCACAACAACCUUACAAGCGCUGUGUUGCUGAGACUUUCAGAAACUUUCCGCAUUCUGCCUUGUCUCUUGUUGAUAAACUCCUUGCAAUGGAACCGGAAGAUCGAGGAUCCAUUGCUUCAGCACUUAGAAGUGAGUUCUUCAGAACAGAUCCUUUCCCUUGUGAUCCAUCAACACUACCAAAAUAUCCUCCAAGCAAAGAACUAGAUGCCAAACAUCGUGGUGAGGAAGCAAGAAGGAAAAGAGCAGAGGCUGUGAAGGGACGCAGACCUGAAUCUGUUAGAAGAGGUUCAAGGGAUUUUAAGGGAGUGCGGACACCGGAAUUCAUUGCCCAGGGACAGCCAAAAACAAUCACCGGUCAUAAAUAUGACCAUCUUGAGGAUGGUGCCUCUGGCUUCCGAAUUGAUCCACAUAAGGUCACUUCGCAGAAUGGCUUAUCUCAUUCCUCGUCAAUGAUCCACCCUAGUGCAAUAGGAUCAUGGAAUAAGGCAGGUUCUACAAGAAAUAAUGGCGAACUAAGACCACAUAAUUCAUUGAAGCCUCAGGCAGUUAAUGCUUCCAAUAAGAAAGAUAAUGGAGCAUCCGACAAAGAUCUUGCAUCGGGUUAUGUACCAAGGAAAAACAGGAUCCAUUGCUCUGGACCACUGAUGCCUCCUGGGGGAAACAUUGAUGACAUACUUAAAGAGCAUGAGAAACAAAUCCAGCAGGCUGUACGUAAAGCACGUCUCCAGAAGUCAGGAACCAAUAAAAUUUGCAAUGUUUAUGUACAGUGAUUCUUAAAAACGUUUUGCACUUUGCUUCCUUGUGAGAAACUUGCUCCGAGGUUCUUCGACUGUUUUCACUGGCAAAAGCAAGUUGCAAGCAACCCUCGAAAACAUAUUUGAUCAUAGCCGCAUCAUGCAGAAAUUGAAAUGUAACACUGAUUUGGGGUCGUGAGACUUCCUAUUUUGUGAAAUAUUCUGGAGGGAUUUGUUCGCUUGCUUGCAUGUCACAUGCAGGAAUUUGGUUUGUAUAGUUGGAUGGGGUUCUUGAAAGGAAGCUAACAUUAACCUUCCAUGAAUCUUUUUCUUCCCCAGAUUGGCUGUAUGUAAGAGAUAGCACACGCUUUUGGCAUCUGUUUUGUUUGCUUGAAGAUGCAAUCCUAUACAAUGAGGACGUGAAUGAACACAGCCGGAAGGAACAGCUAAAAUGAUUCAAAUGUCUGUAAACUGAAGAUCGAGCAUCGAAAGCCAUCAAUUUGAAGCUAUAAAAUGGAUUCGACAUCUUAAACAAAAGUCUCAAACAGUAACAUUUCAAUUGCAAGAACUUUUGUUAGUUCUCACCACUUAGUACAACAUUGCUUUGAGCUAUUUUGAUCAUUCCUAGUUUGCUAAACUUACAAAUUAGAGUACUAUUUUUUAUACUAAUUGUU